AUGAGCUGGACCUGCCCGCGUUGCCAGCAACCCGUUUUCUUUGCGGAGAAGGUGAGCUCCCUGGGCAAGAACUGGCACCGCUUCUGCCUGAAAUGUGAACGCUGCCACAGCGUCCUGUCCCCAGGAGGGCAUGCAGAGCACAAUGGGAGGCCGUAUUGCCACAAGCCAUGCUAUGGGGCUCUCUUUGGACCCAGGGGGGUGAACAUUGGUGGUGUGGGCUCCUACCUCUACAACCCUCCCACUCCCACCCCAGCCAGCACCACUCCCCUCAGCCCCAGCAGUUUCAGCGCCCCCAGGCCCAGGACUGGCCUCCCCCAGGGCAAGAAAAGCCCUCCCCACAUGAAGACAUUCACUGGGGAGACUUCACUGUGCCCUGGCUGUGAGGAACCUGUCUAUUUUGCUGAGAAGGUGAUGUCUUUGGGCAGAAAUUGGCACCGACCCUGUCUGAGGUGCCAGCGCUGCCGGAAGACCCUGACUGCUGGGAGUCAUGCUGAGCAUGACGGCGUCCCCUACUGCCACAUCCCCUGCUACGGCUACCUGUUUGGCCCCAAAGGUGUGAACAUUGGUGAUGUGGGCUGCUACAUCUAUGACCCCGUGGAGAUAAAAUCCAAAUGAGAUGCUCACAGGAGAGGUCACUCUAACUCAGGCCUCAUACCAUCCCCUCCAUGAUCCAGUGGGAGCUACAGAAUUCUCCAGUCCCACAGGGGGAAGAUGGUCUUCCAGUGGCCUGGGCCUAGGCUCCAUGGUAGACCAGGGAGUCUAGACUUUGCCGAUUCCUCCCUUUCCUGUUCCUAUCUGGUUAGGAGACAUAGGCCACCAUAUUUUAAAGGGUAGCCUCCUGGCCUUCCCAGUCCCUUUCCCUAGCAAAUUCUUUAACUUCAAGGUACUUAAAAAACGUGUUUAUUCUGACUUCUCCAAUAAAAUGUUGGCUCCC